AUGUUGGUACCUGAGUUGUCAGUCACUGCGAGGCUGCGUCCAAUCUCCACUUUGGAUUUAAUUGUCUUACAGUCAGGGGGCGGGUCCUGCUGUCAGCUCCACUCCUGGUGACCCGUGUCUGCAUAAAGACUUUCAGUACAGUGGAAUGGUGACAGCUGAGCGAGAGGAACAUUACACAAAGACGCAGCCAUGAAGGAAAUCAUGGCACAAAAAGAGAAGCUCCAAUGCUUGAAGGAUUUCCAUAAGGACACCCUGAAACCUUCGCCGGGGAAGAGCCCGGGCACGCGGCCCGAGGACGAGGCAGAGGGCAAGGUUCCUCAGAGGGAGAAGUGGUCCAGUAAGCUCGACUUUGUCCUGUCUGUGGCCGGAGGCUUCGUCGGAUUGGGAAACGUCUGGCGGUUCCCUUACCUUUGCUAUAAAAAUGGUGGAGGUGCAUUUCUCAUUCCUUACACCAUCUUCCUGUUUGGGGGCGGCCUGCCUGUCUUCUUCCUGGAGGUCGCACUGGGCCAGUACACUUCUGAAGGUGGCAUCACCUGCUGGGGCAAGAUCUGCCCCAUCUUCACUGGUAUUGGCUACGCCUCUGUUGUCAUCGUAUCCCUCCUGAACGUCUACUACAUUGUGAUCUUGGCUUGGGGUCUCUACUACCUAUUUCACUGCUUUCAGCCGGAGCUUCCCUGGGCAAAAUGCAAGCAGCCCUGGAACACAGAGUUCUGUGUGGAGGACACGGUCCGCAAGAACAAGACCCUUUGGUUGGCAGCCAACAUCACCAACUUCACCUCCCCCGUCACAGAGUUCUGGGAACGCAAUGUCCUGAGCAUCUCCUCUGGGAUCGAGGACAUUGGACCCGUAAAGUGGGACCUGGCCCUGUGUCUCCUGGCAGUUUGGAUUAUCUGCUUCUUCUGCAUCUGGAAAGGAGUCAAGUCCACUGGGAAAGUGGUGUACAUAACAGCAACUUUCCCAUUCGUGAUGCUAAUUGUGCUGUUGAUCCGUGGUGUGACUCUGCCCGGGGCAAGUGAAGGAAUCAAAUUUUACCUUUACCCCAACUUGACCAGACUCCAAGAUCCAGAGGUGUGGAUUGAUGCAGGAACCCAGAUUUUCUUCUCCUACGCCAUUUGCCUGGGAGCCAUGACGUCCCUGGGGAGCUACAACAAAUACAAGUACAACUGCUACAGGGACUGUUUGCUGCUGGGAGGCCUCAACAGCGGAACCAGUUUUGUGUCUGGCUUCGCAAUAUUUUCCGUCCUGGGCUUCAUGGCACAAGAACAAGGGGUGGACAUUGCCGAUGUGGCAGAGUCAGGUCCCGGCUUGGCCUUCAUCGCCUACCCCAAAGCUGUGUCAAUGAUGCCGAUGCCAACCCUCUGGGCCAUCCUCUUCUUUAUCAUGCUGCUGCUGCUGGGCCUUGACAGCCAGUUUGUCGAAGUGGAAGGACAGAUCACCUCUAUUGUGGAUCUGUAUCCAUCCCUCCUCAGGAAGGGUUACCGACGGGAGAUCUUUAUAGCUGUGAUGUGUUUCAUGAGCUAUCUCCUGGGACUCGCCAUGGUAACGAAAGGUGGCAUGUAUGUGUUUCAACUCUUUGAUUACUAUGCAGCCAGUGGUGUGUGCCUUUUGUGGGUCGCAUUCUUUGAAUGCAUUGCUGUAGCCUGGGUUUAUGGAGCUGAUAACUUCUACGAUGCAGUUGAGGAUAUGAUUGGCUACAGACCAAACCCAUGGAUGAAGUGGAGCUGGACCAUAAUCACUCCUGUCCUGUGCAUGGGCUGCUUUGUCUUCUCCCUGGUGAAGUACAAGCCCUUGAAGUAUAACAAGGUGUAUGAGUACCCGGACUGGGCCAUCGGUGUGGGCUGGUUCUUGGCCCUGUCCUCCAUGAUCUGCAUCCCAUUGGUGAUGGUCAUCAAGAUCUUGCAGUCUGAGGGAUCCCUGAUCGAGAGGAUAAAAGCAGUGGCAGCCCCGAAGUCCGGUGUGAGCUCUCGCCCAAAAGAGUACAGCUUGAAGGGCAGCGAGCUGACACAGCCCCUGGACCCCAACGGGAACAAUGGCUUGAUCAAGCCCACCCACACCAUUGUAGAAACAACGAUGUGAGCGCUCUCUGUGAGAGGAAUACGAUUGUUGUGCUUUCCGCGUUAUCAUAUUUGCUAACUUUGAUCAUGAUAGGUUUACAUUGUCCAUAUAUUCACAUUAGAGAAACUCCGGAUUGAUUUCUAUGAAGAGUUAUUAUUGUUUUUAUUUUUUACUAUAUCAAUAUUGUUGAUGUUACACUUGUUGUCGCUGUAGUUGGCACUAAUCUCAGUUUAGGCAGUAUUUUGAGGUACAACAUAUUCAGUGUUUACUACCUUUCUGUUGAUUUCUAGAGAGAUGAGGAAUUUUAUUUUAUUUUUGUAUAAGAAGAAAUGAUGGAAUUCUCUCUUCUCAUAAAUAAACUAACCAUAACAAGUUAUUAACCAUGCAAAUGUAAGAAAAUGUUUUAACACUCUGACUUGAUCGUGGCAGCCCUCGCUGCCCAAGCUAACUUCUAAUCUCUUACUGUUGUGUAUCCCACAGUGAAAAUGAAUGUACCUCUGCUUGCGGCAGAAGCAAACCAGCCACAGCUCUUAGAAUAUAUAUCCAUAACAUGUUCAGUGGAAACAUGCGUGGCAUAGAUUGAAUUUUUGCUUGACAUCCUUCAAGUUCAACAAGGCCUUUGCCAAAUACUGUGAGAAAUGCAUUCAUGAGAAGAUACAUCCUCAAAAAUUACCAAGACAAAAAUAAUAAAUAAGGAAAAAUCGGAUAAGGAAGAAAAAGGAGAAAUGGAUAGUGGCAUUUUUAGAGUAUUUGUACACUGCCUGUGUGACUAUUAUAGUCAGUCCCAGUGCAUUUAUUGAAACCUCUCUUUGCACUUUAUAUGUCGUUUCACCUUUAAUGUAGUAUUUGUUGUUUUGUUGCAAGGUAUUGCAGAUGCCUUUGCAGCACAUUACAGGAGGAUAUGUUUUUAACUUCUAACUUUUUGACAUUUGUACUUUGAUAUACAGUAUCUAGUUGUCCCAAUGAUAAGACAAUGACAAAAUAGAGUAGAAAUCUAAAGUCAAAUUUUCUGACUCGUCAUUAGUAGUAGGGCCUGUAUGAACAGCACUUAAAUUGAUAACAUUUAUUUUCUAAACAGACUGACUCUCCCUCGUGCUCAUUUCAAUAUCAGAACUACCACUGGAUUAGUGUCUAACGUUCACUGUAGACGUUUGUUUGUAGAAGUUGAAUUGUUUGUAAUUCACAUAUGCCUUUUUGUAACAAUUUUAUACUGUACAUCAUAUUACACCAUCAAUGAGCCUACUUAAAAUUCAGCAAUCUCACUUUUAAAUAUUGAUUACAGUGUGAGCCAAGAACAUUUUUAUCAGUGUCCAAUGUUCUAUGAAGCAAUGACAUUCUCUGCUCCUUCAAAAUGCAUCAAAUUCAAAGUAAAUGUUAUGUUUAUCACUGAAACAGCCUAAACAGUUAUAUGUAAAGUCCUUAAGCAUGUGCAAGAGUCAUCACAGUACUGUGCUGCUUUGUCCAUGGAAAUCUUGUGCUUGGAAAUUCAUGUGUACCAAAGUAAUUUUGUCUCACAGUUGUCCCCUUUGAGAUGCAUAUUGCAUCAUUCUAUAGAGAUUACCAAUAAACGUCUUUUUUUCUUUGGA